AAAUAUAUAAUGAUAUGAUUACUAUGUAAUUGCAAAUUGCCGUUACAGGCAAAUCAAAAAUCUAUGUAGCAGUGUUGCAUGAUAUUUAAGGUCAAUAAAAUCAGAAACCUCCUCACAUGAUAAAAACAGCAUAAUUAUUCUUUGGAUAUUGAUGAUAUGCUUAUAAUGGAAAUGCAGACGUCGCCACAUCUUAGCCAUGGGCUAGCGGCACUGUCUCCGGGCCUAGUGCACCAGCAUCAACAUCAGCAUCAGCACCAGCACCAGCACCAUAUUGUUCAUCAAUCGCAAACCCAGCCACUGUCGCUACGUAACAGUCAGCCGACGCAAAAUCAGCAUAUAGAGCAUCAACUCCCACAGCAGAUGGGCGCCUCAUCAACUUUGCACACACUUCAAGGCCCGUCAACAAAUGAGCACCUCACAGUAAGCAGCAGCACUCAUCAACAUCACCAUCAAAAUGCGGCUAGCCAGGUCUAUUCCACAAAUCACACGGAUGACAGAUGUAAAGAUCAAAAGUUUGAGGAUUACUCAAAUGGUUUAGUGCGCGGUAUAUCAACUCCCGGGAUCCAAGACCCGCCCACUCCAGUCGGAAAUAGUUUUUUAGGGCAGUCACAAGGGACGGUUGAGUGGAUAACAGCCAUGAACGAUGCCCAAAACAACACAGAAGAUUCGCACAGUUCGCAAGGCAGCAUAUCGGGAGAUGGUCACGGUGGCGUUAAUCAAUUGGGUGGCGUGUUUGUGAACGGGCGGCCCCUACCUGACGUAGUACGGCAGCGCAUCGUGGAGUUAGCACACAACGGCGUCCGUCCGUGUGAUAUAUCACGCCAGUUACGAGUAAGCCAUGGCUGCGUUUCAAAAAUAUUAUCAAGAUACUAUGAGACUGGUAGCUUUAAGGCCGGCGUAAUAGGCGGCUCCAAACCCAAGGUUGCCACUCCACCAGUAGUUGACGCAAUCGCAAACUAUAAGCGAGAGAAUCCAACUAUGUUCGCUUGGGAGAUUCGUGAUCGGUUGCUGGCAGAAGGAAUAUGCUCCCAGGAUAACGUCCCCAGCGUAUCCUCUAUAAACCGGAUCGUUCGUAAUAAAGCAGCAGAAAAGGCAAAACACGUACACCAUCACCAGCAGCAGCACCAAAUGCCACAAAGUCUCAGCAACGGGCACAAUGCCACUGAGAGUCUCGACAGCAGUACGGGAGGAGGUAGCGAGCAGCCCACAACAAGCGCCGGCAAUGGCAGCAACAAUUCCAGCAGCAACAACACCAAUACAUCGGUGACAGUCAUUGCGCAUACUCCGGGUCCAUGCCCAGUUUCUGCGCAAGAGGUUGGCGCCACCGUCGGCAAUGCUGGUCCACACAAUAGCAGCAGUAGUGGCAAUGCUACAACUGCACCGAUCCAACAGGGCGCUGAACAGCGAUCGUCAGGAUCAGGAUAUAGCAUAAAUGGGAUUCUGGGUCUACAGCAUGGUCAUCAUCUAAGCAACAACAAUAACAGCACAAAUAACAAUAACAAUAAUACAUCGGAGACAAAUUGCAAGCGCAAGCGAAAUGAAGUGCAUGAUGAGAAUCGGGAUGUUAACAUGCAUUCCGAAGACGAUGUUAAGCGACAGCGCUUGGCAUACGGUGGAGAUCAGAUAUACCCAAAUAUUUGGUCUGGUAAGUGGUGCAUCAAGGAUGAGCACAAGCUCCUCUCAGAGCUUGGUAAUUUGACAACAAAUAAUGGUAGCAGCGCGCCCGCUUACUAUGAAGCCCCAAAUGGAUUUUCAACAAGCACAAUUUCAUGUGCGGGUGUUGGCACUGCCGUUGGCAACGAUUCGUCCAUGUUGUACGAUAGCAUUGCUACGAUAUCACAGAGCCAAAGCACUUUAUAUACCCCCCCUAUCGGACCAUCAAUUGGCAAUAGUUCAUUGACGCCCCUAGUGCCUAUAAGUUUGCAAGACAUGAAAUUUAAUGCAAAUAUACAGGAACAAACUAUCUCACCCUUUUAUACAGCAAUUGCCAUUGAAAAUGGUAAUUAUCCCACAAUAACAAGCUUGGAUAACAACAAUAGUCCCAUAAUGGUACGAGGCAAUGACGCAACCGCCGGGAGCUGUAAUAAUUCACCAAAUUUAGUUCCUUCUAACGCUUUACGAGUUGAACAAAAUGUGCAAAGCAUAGAUAGCACUAAUCACCAUCUAAAAGAGUCUGUCAACCAUUUGGCCAGGGACGAAAAUGCCAAUAAUAAGAGUCAUCGAAAUGAUUUGGGAAAUCAUCGAGGGAUCGACAUUAUCCCCAUAACACACCUUAUGCCAGAGACUGUCCAGGAUCAUCAACAGCAACAGAUGUCGAGCACCGGCCCACUAACAACAGCUAAUACCUCAUCUCUAAUACUCCUACAGUCCAGUGCCAAUUGCUCAUCGGUCGACGGACGGUCUGAUGCUGAUUCAAUUGCUACCAACAGCACAGCUAUUUAUGCCACACCCACAAUGCUCCCCAGUUUUAGCCACUACUCUUCAGCGUGUGGAUCAGUAGUUCCAAGCGCGGAUUACGCAUAUAGUCCCGCAUAUACACAGUAUGGUGGUGCUUAUGGAUCAUACAGUUACGGCACUAGUAGUGGUAUAAUCAAUUCAUCAUACUAUUAUGAAGGCGGUCAAAAUCAGGCGUCCCUUAACCAAGAUUUGCGCUCACCCCUUGCUGCUACAAGAGCCAACUCGCUGGUGUCCGCAGCCUCUCCAACUGGUAGUGCGUGUACAAAAUCAGAAACAUCAGAUAUAUUUCUUGUGUAGUGCAUGCACUGACCGGCUAUCACAGCACACAUUUCAUAAAGCAGACAUUGUCCAGAAGGAACAUAAAAAAGCAAUACAUUUCGGGAGUUCUUCACGGAUCCAAAGAUAUAUAUAAAGAUAUAGGUAACAUUAAGACGUUGCUAUCUUGAAGUAGACAAAAAAGAUCGUCAGUGAAUGCUAAAAAGCUGCGCUAACAGUCUGACAUCAGAUUCCGUUGUUGGUAAUUUAUCUAUAAUGAUAUAAAGAAGACGAACUGAACUCAACGAGAACAAUUCUCAUAAUAUAAGUUAAUUUGCAUUUAAUAAGGUAUGUAUAAGUGCUCUAAUGUAUUGCAUUUUAUAAUUUUGGGAGAACGAUGCCACGCUGUAGUUAAUUACCCUUGAACUGGUAACUUAUAGGUUGGGUUCGGAAAUCAAAGUAAAAAACAAGCUAUUCAUACAUAACCUCAUCGCUUGUCCGAUUUUUUUUCCAGUGGAAGCUAUAUGAAACAAUCUUUCGAUCUGCGCGAAUCGUCGUCGUAUCUUUCAAUGCUGAACACGCAUUACGACACAAUUUUAAAAGCCUCUGCAAGAGUAUAAUAUAUUAAGAAACACAACUUCAAACGAUUAAAUGUACAUACACACAUAUGUUGUGGCUUACUUAUUAACUACACAUACUUAAUAAGAAUAAAUAUUGAAACCAAAAUCUUUACUAAGGGAAA